CGACGCGCAAACUGCGCAAACGAAGCACUAUCUCCAUCGACAAUUGAUCAUCGUCCUCUUUAACCUUUGACGUGCAACACCGAGCAAGCCACACGCUCCUGAGCGAAACCCUUGACAAAGUCGCCCAUCAUGCCGGCUACCGUUCUCUCCAGCAAAGUAAGCGGUCUCAAGUUCAUGCAGCGAGCCGCGGCUCGCUCUGCAAUCAAGAAGGGCACAACGCCAUCCUCUCAUGAUGCCAUCCCUGUCCAGCCUCCGGCACCGGCACCAGAGAAGGCUCAAGCGUCGACCAAGACCGGUGAUGAUUCAGAAGAAUGGAGCCUCACUGUCGCCCCUGGAAAGCACUCAAAUGAAAAUGAGCUAUCUACGGGUAUCGUGUACGAUGCAGAUUGGAGGAGCUGGGUGGGCGAUGGCCGACCUUCCAUGGGGCUGCGGAAACGGUACAAAGACGGGGAGGAUGAAGAGGAAGCAGAGCUGAAGCGCCGCAGAAAGGGCGAAUCCGAAGCGGAAACUGCGCCCAAGCGCGACAAGGGAAGCAGCAAAAUGGAGCGCGGGCGAUACACCCAAGGACCUAAAGGUGGCCAGCGAGGAAAUGACACUCGACUCGCAUUCAAGAAACCCGCCAAAUCCUGACCUGCACUG